AUGCUGAUUCUCUCAUCAGACAUUCCAGAAACGUUGGAGCCCGAAUCUCUGCGCAAAGCAUCCGUCACCUUCAAUGACUGCGGCACUACCACUGCUUCGUCCCAGACGGUGCCGGUGGAUACCUCGCCGCGCGCCAUGGCGUUGUCCUCGCUCAGGUGCCCGUCGCCGCCGCCAAUUCUUGCACAGACGUCCAUUGCCAAGGUAAUGACCGACGAUGACGAGCGGAUGAAAUUCGAGCAAGUGUUGGAUGAGACUUUGCCACUGGCCAGCACGGCCAGCCUCCGAGAAACGGUUCCAGCCGGCGGUGCGCUCCUCAACCGAGUACAAUCGGUUUCGCCGCGGCCUGAGAGCAACUCCAUCCUGUCCGAGCCCGUAUCGGAAGUUUUGUCUGACAAGCUGCUGCCUAACAAGCUCCUGCCUGAUCUUAAGCCUAUCCUAUCAGAGGCUAUGGUCAUUGAGAAGUCCAUCGACCGGAUUUUGAUACCGGAACAGACACCGCACCACCAAAAGGCGCCAUCUGUACACGCCCACUUCUACGUCGAAGACACGCUCAGACAUGGUGGUGGAACCCGCUCUCGAUCAGGCUCAGCGACGAUCCACGAAGGCUCAGAAACCCCUGCUGCGCGCUCCACCACGAGCCUCGAGGACAAAAGCCCCCGCACGCGACAGCCAAUAUCGGUGGAGUCGCGGCUCAACAUGGAGGACGGUAAAUUCCACGUACUUCUUGGGGUAUGCGGCGCCACAUCCACCAACAAAAUCAAGAACAUUAUUAGCAAGCUCGAGGAAAUCUACACGCGCGACAAGAUCUGCAUCCAGCUCGUGUUGACAGAGGCGUCCGAGCACUUCUUCACACACAAGCAGCACGAGCUACCAGCGCAUGUAACGAUGUGGCGCGACCGUGAUGAGUGGGUCUGGACGAACCGCCUGGACCCGGUGGUGCAUAUCGAGCUUCGCCGCUGGGCGGACAUCUUAAUCGUCGCGCCGUUGACGGCCAACACGUUGUCCAAGAUCGCGUUGGGCCUCUGCGACAACUUGUUGACGAAUGUAAUCCGCGCGUGGAACACGCAGUACCCGAUCUUGCUCGCGCCCGCGAUGGUCAGCCACGCAUACAACUCGGCCAUCACGAAGCGCCAGUUGAAGCUCAUCAAGGAGGAGAUGUCCUGGAUCGAGGUCUUGAAACCGGUGGAGAAGGUGGUUGGUUCAUUUGGAGAUAUCGGUAUGGGUGGUAUGAUGGACUGGAACGAGAUCGUUGACAAGAUCGUCAUGAAGUUGGGAGGGUAUCCCGAGGAGGAGGAUGAAGACGAGGAUCAAAUGGAAGGCGGUGACGAUGACGACGAUGAUGAUGACGAUGAUGAUGAUGACGAACCAGAGCUUUCGGAUAUCUACGAGCACGCGAUAGAUGAUGAGGAGGAGCCUCUGGUGGAAACAUUGAGUCUUAAGUAG